GUAACUUUUCUAACGUCGAGGGAUACAAACUUUAAUAAUUUUCAUCUGAAAUAUUUCGAAAUGAAGUUUAAUAUUUUAACUUUAAUUUUCUUUUUGAAAACUUCGAGUAUUUAUUGCUUUUGGGGCCGCAACCAAAACGAUUUAGUGCUUGUCGAGCAAUGGAAUAAAUUGGAUUUUGAUUUUCCAACUCAAGAAUUACGUGAUGAAGCCAUUGCCCAAGGAUUGUUUGUAGCUGAAAAUGCUUUUCCAAUUGAUGUGGAUGUUGAUUAUGCAGAUGUUAUUGAUGAUACAAGAAUAUUUGUAACAAUCCCAAGAUUUUCCACCGGAAUUCCUAUCACUCUCGGAUAUUUAACGAUAUCAAACAACGAUGUUUUAAUUAAAGCUUACCCCGAUUACUCGUGGCAUUCAUCACAUGGAGACGAUUGUGAUGGAAUAACAUCAGUUCUCAGAAUAGCAAUUGAUGAAUGUCGUCAAAUGUAUGUUUUGGACACUGGAAAAAUUGGUGACACACAAAAAUGUCCACCGCAGUUGUUGAUCUUCAAUCUUGUUGACAAUAGUCUUGUGAGACGAUACAAAUUUCCUGAUUCGCAAUAUGUUGGUGCGAGUUUAUUUGUUACACCUGUUGUUGACGUAUCAGAUCCACCACCAACUGGAACAUGUUCAAAUGCUAAGGUUUAUAUUGCUGACGUUACAGGAUUUUCUCUGAUUGUCUACGAUACUCUCACUGAUACAUCUUGGAAGAUUCAAAAUAAUUUAUUCUAUCCAUACCCAAACUUUGGAACAUUUACAAUCGAUGGCGUUUCUUUUGAUUUGAUGGAUGGGAUACUCGGCUUAGCACUCUCACCGAAUACUUCUCCUUACGAACGCUUUUUAUACUUUCAUAGUUUGGCAUCUGGUGUUGAAAGUUCAGUGCCAUUAAGUGUGAUCAACAAUCCUAGCACCUUUGAGAGUAAUCCAAAUGCUGAACCAAGAGCUUUUGUUGAGAUUGGAUCAAGGGGAAUACAAACAGCUGCUCAAGCGAUGGAUAGAAAUGGAAAUUUAUAUUUUGUUUUAAUGGAUCCAUUGGCUCUUGUUUGCUGGGAUUCUUCAACAACAUAUUCUGAAGAAAACAUCAAAAUUCUUGUGGAAAAUGAUGAGACACUUCAAUUCGCAAGCGGUUUAAAAAUUAUUGAAGACUGUAAUGGAGUAGAAGAGCUUUGGGUGAUGACCAUUCGUUUACAGAAAAUAUGGACUGGAACGUUGAACUUUGAUGAGACAAAUUUCCGCAUUCAAGCUCUAGAAGUUCAGCAACUUUUGGGAAGAAAUGGAAGGUGCAGUGGACGACCAUUGAGAUCAUCACCAUUUCAACCAUUUUCAUUUCUAUUUAAAUAGAUUCAAUGCAUAGAAUGUUUAAUUGAUUGUCAUCAAUUUCUGCAAGUUCGUCAAUAAAAAUNUUCAAAUUUCAGGUUGGCGAUUUUA